AUUGUCUAACAACAGCGACUAUUCCUGUCACCUUCACCUCUUACCACAUAUGUUCAUGUACAUAGAUCCUAUGAUGUAACCAGAAAAAAGACACGCGCGAUUUAGAUAAUCAUUGAAAGUAUUAUUUCCGAAAUACGAUAAGAUGAAUAUGUUAUUACGACACUAUUAUGAUAUGUAGGCAUUUCCCGUCCUUAUAACACUGUGAAGGCCUGUGUGUAGAUAUCAAAUCAUCAAAUAUUGCGUCGAUGCAAGGUAAGUGACAAUGCUGACGCAGCUGUUUUCAAUUGAAGUUACCAGCCCUCGUAAAAAAGGAGAAACAGAAAAGAAUUCUGAACUUUUGAAUCCGAAUUUCCCUCCAAUCCACAUCAUAACAUCCUGAACUUCAGGCUGUCACCAUUGGCAUAUGUCAGCUGGCGUUUUUCAUGCAUGGCAUUAGUCGUGUAUAGGCUUAUCGCACAGAUACUGAAAAUAUCAUGCAUGUAUUCAUAGUCUGUCGCAUGGUUCGCCAGUUCACUAUAUAUCUAUAGGCCUUCUGAACUCAUUCCAACGUCUAUUGUGUGCUACUCCAAUAACGUCAUUUUUAGAUAACGGAUUACUAUCCAUAUUUUUAGUCCUGCAUCCAUUUUUCUUGUCUCUCGAUGCGACGGACAACACCAAAUAAAGCUUGAUUCAGUUGUCUGAUACUUUCAGAUCCGGUCGAGGUUUCCAGAGUGAAAUCAUGGAGGACUGCUCAAGUUUCCAGGUGGAUGAGAAAGAAACGAUUGGCCGACGUCUUUUAUUCGACAAUAACCUGGACUUGAAGAAGGUCAACGGCCAUGACCUUGAGGAGGGUGAAGGUCAUGCAAGGUCAACUGAUAAAAAGGCUGCUGGUUGCGGUAGUCCAGACGACCCAGCUGUGUGGAGGUGGUUCGUGGUAGCUGGUAUGUUCGUAUGUACAUUUUUCUAUGGACUGGAACGGACACUUGCUUUGUACUACGUUGAGCUUAUGGAUUAUUUUGAAACAAGCAGCUCGGUCAUGUCUCUAAUUGGUAGCGUCUACUACACAUUUUUUGGUUUGUCAGGUGUUCUGAUUCUGCCCCUCUCUGACAAAUGCGGCCCACGGCUGGUCAUCAUGUUGGGCGGAGUAUUCCUCUUUAUUGGGCUUCUGUCGUCAGCGUUCGCGCCACAUGUGUACACCUGUAUCGCAACGUUUGGUUUCUUUGUCGGUUGUGGAUGUUCUAUGACCUAUCUUAGUGCUUCAACGGUCAUUAUGUUUUACUUCAAGAAAGAACGCGCGCUUGCUCAGGCGAUUGUGGUCAGCGGAUCUGCAGCUGGUGUGAUCGUUCUCCCCAUAUGCGUGCAAUACUUGAACGAUGAAUACACGUGGAGAGGUGGACUGAUCAUUGCUGCAGCGAUGUCGCUGAAUGUUUGUGCGAGUGGAGCUCUUAUUCGACCAAUCAAAACAUCUAAAGACAGGUCACGUGACAUAACGCCAGAAAGCCCCAAACCAACUCGAGGAAUCCGUCAUCCAUUGAAAAAGCUGCUUCAUUCUAGACCUUUCAUUCUGUUAUGCGUUCAAAGUAUAUUCAUGCAGGCCGCUCUUGCUAUGAUUACCAUGCACAUUAAAGCUACUGCCAUAGAGAAAACAGGAGUCAGUGAUGAACUUGGUUCGUCUAUUGUCUCGUUCUACGGUGCUGCCCUCUUCACGGGAGUGUUAUCAGCUGGCAUAGCAACCCGCGUGAUCAAAAUUGAGCCAAUCAUACUCCUUCAGAUACAUUAUUUUUGUUGUGCAUGUGGCAUCAGCCUCAUUCCGGCCUCCAACAGUUUUCCUGCAUUGGUUUGCUUCACUUGUAUAUUUGCAUAUUUCACUGCAGCAAACGGAGUCAUUUUGCCGCUGGUUCUUUUUACUCUGGUUGGUGAAGACGCCAUUCGUAUCGCCUGGGCUCUCCGUUAUGUCUUUUCUGGUAUUGGAGGGUUGGCGGGGCCGGCGAUAGCAGGUGCCUUGUAUGACUACACGAAAGAUUACUACAACUCAAUGUAUCUUGGUGGCGCUGGAAUCUUCCUAUCCAUCAUAUUAAUGAUUGAGCCUUGUGUCACUUUAACCCGGGCGAAGAAGCCGCUCGAACUGGGCAGAGACGUGAAAUCUGUGAAAGAUGAAAUGUGGCGUAGUAUCGCAAGCUUGCCUGGCAGCGUGGCAUUAUUUGACGAGAAAGGGUAAAAGGUCCGAAUAGUCCGGGCGAUAAGUGUACAAAAACAACAACAUCGUGCCACAGUGCACAUUUGGCACAUAUAGGGACGCCACCAACAAUUCCUCAGGAAACCUAAUCCUUUACAUUUGAAGGGAAAAUGUGACCCGUCACAGCAAAACCAGGCGCAUGUCGCACAGAAGAUGAUCCUAAAUGACACCAGGAGAUAAUGGAAGAAAUAGGUGUGCUCGUAUUUCACAAAAGGCAGACAAUAGAGAAAUGAACAAACAGUCCGUCUCAACCUGCCAAGCUGAGAGCGACAUGCGCCUGAUUUUGCUGUGACGGGUCACAAAUGUGUAGAGUUCCUCUAUAACACCACAAAACUCGACAGCAAUUAAUGCAAUGUGCUUUGACGGCUCAAGACUGUUUCCAUUGUUUGCGCCAAUUCAAGCGGUUACUAAAGGAUUUGUUUUCUUACCAUUAGCGCCACCGCUGUCGUCAAAACAAGCCUCGGUGUGCUCAGUGUACAUCAAGGCGUUUUAGAACACCACUUUGUUAUAUAUAUCCAUGGCCUCAUAGUCAUGUUAAAAGAACAGCCUUGAUAUGAACUAUUCAAUAAAUUACAACGAAUGUUGUAUACUAGUCAAUGUACUCUAUUGCAAGCUUGGCUGACAUUUAGGAUUGGUCUCUGCAGUGACAAUUAGCCAUCCUCAUCAUGAAACUAGUUCGAGGUGCAACUUUCUUGCCUAAACGCUGUGAUGAGUCAACCAGAGAUUCAGUGCUUUUUCAUUCCUACGUCAUGGGCGGAGUGCAUACGUAUUGAAAAAGACCUUUUGAAUACUUCAGGGCUGACCAUAGUCAACAAUCAUGUUUGCACGCCUGAAUCCGGUGCAAUAGUUUCAAAUGUCCUAGGAUAGAGUGUGACGGGGACAAUGAUUCUAUUAAGUGCACUUCUCUCCGAAAUAAGCUAUUGAAGUGCGUGCGUCUGUAUCCAGAACUAUGAUUUAAUCCGUCAUAACACAAUAGGGAAGGAACUUUUUCCGAGGAGGGGGUCGCAAUUAAUUCUGCUGCACCCGUAGGAAACGAUAGUCGACUGAGGGGGACAUUUCCAGGGGGUCAAUUGCUUCUUUUCCAUCAUGCAAGUAUAUGAUAUUGGAUUCGUGUUCAGUGCCUCAUGAAACCAAUAAUGUAACAAACUAAUUCGAUGGAUUUUGUGAUGUUUCAAUAAAAUUAUA